AUUUUCGUGGAGCCACACAAUCGUUUUCUCCCCUAAUUUGCUACUUAAACGGACGAAUAUUUCGCAAUUUUAUCUGAACCGCACAGAAACUGACGUCUUAAUUCCUUAAACUGUCAACUUACUAUAGGACGCACGAGCUGCUUGCAAGAAAUCUACGUAAUACGGCAAUGUGGAGUGAACUGCGUCGCCAGCACAGUCGGAAGAGCAGUCGCAGAUAAAAUUGGAUGGAAUGCUGCCACCGAACGAGCCCUGACGAUGCUGCAGAGUGACUCCCUGGUUAGCAUGGCAGACGGCGGUCCUGAGGAGCGCCAGUGUUUCGCCAACCUGAAUCGGUCGUUCAAGCGCUACGGAAGCACCAGCAACUACGAAUCCAGAUCGCCAGAGACGCUGAUGCGAACUAUUUUGCACGAUAUCGACGAGAACGACACCCUGCAGGGUCUAGCCCUCAAAUAUGGCACCACGAUGGAGCAGAUUCGUAGGGUGAACCGUUUGUGGACUGGCGACAGUUUAUUUUUGCGUAGCACGCUGCGUAUUCCAGUGGCAGCUGAUUCGGCUUUAGCCUCUUCUUCAGGUCUCAGCACGCUUUCGUCGGCCGACAGUGGCAAUUCGAGUGACAGCAGCAGUCCUGAGGAACGGCCCAGUGCCAUUUUGCAGGAGGCGCGUCGGCCUUCAGUGCGUUUGCUUGCCGACCCGUCCGACCCAAGUCCAACUGAGUUCCUGGGCAAAAUUGACUCUUCCAUUGCUCACACUAAAAGCCAAGUCAACAAGUUCAAUGCAAGGAGCAAUUUUUACAUGGAAGAGGAAGUGGACAGUGUGAGUCGCUCUCGUCGGCGUCCGUGUGUGUCUCGGCUUCGGCCACAAUCAAGUGAGACAGACCCCCAACUGAUGAACUCAUUGAAAAAACUCGAGCAGAGUCAGGACGCCAUAUUUGAAUUGUGAUGCUGCCAGACUGAUCAUACCGCAGUUAAAGCUUAGGUAUUUGUUAAAUUCCCCUUAUAUUGGUCCCCUGAAUUAUCCAACGUUCUACCAGUUUGAUAAGAUGUUUUGUUUCUUGUUAAUUUUUGGUUAUAUUUUUUCUAAAGUCACAAAGUGGAAUACUUAUUAAAGAUAACUAAAUAUAAUUCAAUGUGGCCCUCUUCGCAGCUUAUUUAACUUUGAUGAUUAUAACAAAUAAUAGUUCCCUCCGAAGACCCAGUUGUUAGCAAAAAAAUAUUUUUUUGCGUGUGGUUGGUUAAAAUGCGGGCUCAUUUAACUCACUCAAAUAUUUGUUACCCUGAUUCAUCCCCCACUAUUUUUUCACUCUAGAAGUCCAGCGCGUACAAAAUUGUAUUUUAAGUCGGAUGGCAAUAGUUAAGUACCGAAAUAUGAAAGAAUAUGUUAAAU